AUGGAAUAUAUCCAAGCAGUGGUCGAUCCAAGCAAACAAUUUGCUAAGGAUUCUAUUCGACUUGUGAAACGGUGCACAAAACCUGAUAGAAAAGAGUAUCAGAAAAUAGCUAUGGCAACGGCCGUUGGUUUUGCAGUUAUGGGAUUUAUCGGUUUUUUCGUAAAGCUGAUCCAUAUUCCAAUCAACAAUAUUAUUGUUGGAGGUUGA